AUGAAUAAUGAUGUAGAUCAUAACGUCAUUUUUAUAAGUUCUUCUCUUUCUCAGUUUUUCAUAGUUACUUUUCCCCCGGCUAUAUUUCUUUCUUCGUCUUUCAUGUCUAUCUAUUCUCAUCCACCUGUAUUUCUAUCCUCUCUCAUCUCUUCAUCUCACUUCCCCGAUUUCCUAUUUCUCUUUAUUUCUUCUCUUUAUCCAUGUCUCAGUUCGUUUUUUUUUCUUCUCUACUUUACUCCCACUGAUUCCCCACUCUCUUUUUCACAAAAUUCUCCUCUUUCUUUCCUCUCCUCACUCAUUUUCUACCAAAAUCCAUCCCUCUCGCUCUCUCCUUGUCUCCUCUUCCCUUGUCUUUGUCGACUUAUUUCAACCUGUGUAUAUGUAUGCAUGUUUUUCCCUCUCUUAAUUAUUCUCUUACUUACAUUUAACGCUAUCUCUCUCUCUCUCUUUCUCUCUCUCUCUCUCUCUCUCUCUAUCUAUCUAUCUAUCUAUCUAUCUAUCUGUCUCUGUAUAUUUCUUUCUGAUUAG